AUGAGUUAUGACCUGGAUGAAAUUCCUGCAGGAUCUUUGAUAUCUGUCGCAUUCCCGGCGGUCUAUUUCUGCUCUGUCCCCCUGCCAGCUCUCACCUCCCUCUCAAAUAUCCUUAAUAUCGCCAGGCAGUCCUGCCCUCAAGGGAGAGGGAGUGACAAAAGAAAUCUGGGAGUUGCUUGGAACCGAGGUGUUCCGAAUGAGUUAGCGCUGUGGACAGGUGUUGCAGCUGUCAUCACCAGUCCUGCGUCAACUAUCCGAGCCAGUGAACUCGCAAUCUUCCGACACUUCGGUGGUGGGUGGAGGGGGUUACCUUCCAUACCAGGUCAUUGCCAUUGUAAUCUUUACUGCCGCUUCCUCAAAUCUGUGGUAGUCAAGAAUAAUCAUCUAUCAUGUUACUUGAAUCUUGUCCCAAAAUUAAUAAUGCCGUGAAAUAAAUGGAGAAAUAUACGGACCAUAAUUCCAUUAUAACUUCAUAACAUUGUUUGUUUGUUUCGAUGUCUAGGCGCAAAACAUCCAGGUCAUAAGCGCCCGAUCAACUAAAUAAUAUCAUUUAAUACUAUUUGGAUGAUUAGUAC